AUGUUGGAUCAGAUCAUUCCUGACGCAGAGAGACGAGGUCUCUAUGAUGUUGCACCAAAUACCAACACCCUGGCCUCCACAUCCUUAUUACAACAGGCAAACAGCACUAUUGUUAAGCCGCUGCACGACACCAACAUUGAGAUCAGCAAUAACAACAUUGCCUCAACAUCGACCACAACGACAACGUCAACUACUACCACUUUGGCAACAUCUUCUCCAAUCAUUAUUGAACCAACUAUCACCAGCACCAGAUUGUCUGCUCACGAGACAGAAACAACAAUCAUCAACAACAUCAAUAAUGUUGAGAGCGUUGCCAGUAGUAGUAGUAGCAGCAGCAACAACAAUGGUGCAUCCACUUCCCCGAAUACGGUGGAGUUAACUCAGCCCAAUGGAAGUGCUCCAAAGAAGUCAAACUCUGUUGACAAGACCACCACCUCUGACAAGGUCAAGGCCAACAAGAGAGAGAUACAGUUAGAGAAGGAGGCCGCCAAGGCAGAAAGAGAGGCCAUAAAGUUGGAGAAGCUACAGACCAAGCAGAAAGAAAAGGAGCGCAUGAGACUGGAGAAGGAGAGAGAAAGAGAGCUCCUUCGAGAUAAACAACUGGAGCUACAGAGAGAGAGAGAACUUGCAAGGACAAAAGAGCGAGAGCAAAAGGCAUUGGAAAAGGAGAAACAGGUCCAACAGAAGAAACAAUCAGUUCAAAAGAAGGAGAAGACCAAAGGUCUACAGCUUGUUCAGUCAGGAUUCAAUUCCAUACAAGGUAGAAGGAAGAACAUGGAGGAUGCUCAUAUGUUGAUAGAUAAUCUACAUGAUCUAUUCAAACAUGUUCCAACUGGAGAAGGAGUAUUCUCAUACUAUGGAGUCUAUGAUGGACAUGGAGGAGUUCAUACGGCACAGGCAUUGGAGCCAAUAGUACACAAGUGUGUUGUUGAAUCAAACGCAUUUAAGGAUGCCAACUAUGAGCUAGCUCUAAAGGAGGGUUUCGACUUGGCCGAUAAACAAGUGAUACCAAUAUGUGAGAAGAGUGGAUCAACUGGAGUGGCAUGUUUGAUCACUGGCUCCCAAUUGUACACUGCCAACAUUGGUGAUUCUGAAUGUGUGUUGGCUCGCAUGACUCCUACGUCAUCACCAAAGGCACCCGUCUACGAAUCUGUGCUCCUCACAUACAAACAUUUGGCCAACGACGAGAAGGAGAAAGCAAGGAUAACCGAGAUGGGUGGUAUGAUUAUAUUUGGACGUCUCUUUGGAUCAUUGGCAGUGUCCAGAUCGUUUGGUGACCGAGAGUACAAGGACGGUGAGAAGAAGUAUGUCACGAGCGAUCCAUUCACCCAGGUCGUGGAUCUUACACCAAACGAUCACUUUAUCAUCAUGGCCUGUGAUGGUUUGUGGGACAAGGUGUCAUACGAUGAGGCAGUGGAUAUGUGUUCCAAACUUCACAAGCAAGGCAAGACUGCCACCGAGAUUAGUGAGGCCCUUGUCCAAGACUCGUACGAUAAGGGAUCAACAGAUAAUAUUACUGUAAUAGUUGUUAUCCUAAAUUGGAAAUAG